CUUCCGUUCUGUCUCUCCCCGGCUGCCAACAUGUUGACAGCGUCGAGCCCUUCGUCAGGAUAUUUCCCCAAGGAGUAUCUCAGGCCGUACGAAUACCGGCCCUCAUCUUACCACAAGAGUAAAUCCCACAGUUUAAAACGACAUCGUCACGUUGUCCCCGAUUUAUAAUACAUGCACAAAACUUCCGGGUCGGGCCAUUUGACAAUUUCCCCUGAACAUUUGUCCCAGCCAAGUUGGCCAAAGAACCAGUUGGUUUAUGAAUGAAGUGAGAGACCAUCGUAGUCGCCCGGGUGCAGUGAAUGGUGGCCACGUAGAGUCUGUAUUUUCUUGGACGUGCUGUGAAGGCCCUUGCUCAGUUAACUCAGUUCGCGAUUAUUUCGAACUGGAGAACCCUUACUUACUGUGUAUACCCGUUGUUAUCUCUCUGUAUCUCGACUUAUUCGUAAGAGAUAGACUUUUUUUCGUAUUUUCCCCUCUUCUUCGUUUUCUCGUGUUAAUGGACGCCCAAAGAGCGAUCAGAGAGACUUGUGCCAUUGCCCCCCAAGAGUUCCUUCGCGAAGACAUCAUCCACCAUCGUUUUCAUUCCUCUGUUUCGUGUUAUGAUCGUCGGCUUCCCUCGGUCAUGAACCACCGAAGGAGAGCGAGAGACAGGAGCCCUCCUUCCUCGAGGGGCGGCGGUGGCCUCAUGCAGCAGAUAUCCUACAAGUACGAAAUGGAUCCCAGGGCCAUCACCUACCUGAAGAGGCUUUCCAACCAGGGAAUUAUGACGGUGACGUUGCUCCAGUGUGAGGGCGUCAAGAUGAGCCUCUUCCAAGACCUUAAGCUCAAGCGCCGAAAGGUUGACUCCCGGUGCAGCAGUGAUGGCGAAAGCUUGGCGGAGUCAUCGUCGUGCUCCCCGGACUCGGGGUCAUCAGGAGGGGAAACUUCCUCCUGCAGCCCAGUCCAGCCCCAGGCAACGUACCUGCCACCGGAGUCACCCCGGGCUUCCCCUCACUUACAUCCCCAUAUUGAAAGGUCCUCCCCUGACAGUGCUGGAAAUGAGUUCGGAGAGGUCAAAAGCAGUAGAGACUAUGAACAAGAAGAAGAUCCCCGUGAUGCUCAUGUCUUUGAUGGAGGUGGAACACAACCAGUGUCUUCAUCUGGGGUGUCAGUGAUGUCUCACUCUUCUGGUAUGCAAGAUGCCCACCCUAGUGAUGAAGUUGACCCUCCUGAAAGGAUGUCAACUACCCCUCCACCUCCUGAUACUAGUGAGCAUUUACCAGAAAUUAGCUCUGUAUCUACAGGCACACCCCUUCCGCCACCAUUGGUAUCACUGGCUCCUCCACUGAAUGGAUUGGGUGCCAUGCCAGCAACCCCUUACACUCUGGCUGUAUCCAUGGCAGGCCUAGCUCCUAGCAUUGCCAGCUCAGCAAUGGGCCUUCGUUGUGGAGCGCCCGUUUCUGUAGCACCACCUUACUGGGUAGGAGGAGGAGGCAGUGGUGGUGGUGGCAGUGUGGCAGGCCCUGGAGCCAGUCGUGUGAAUGGAGUUCGACCUGAAUUAAUAAGUGGUGGUAUUGUCCAAUCUUCUCCCGCUGCUCCUCCACCAGCAGCUGCCCCAGCUGAUAGCAGUAGAGCUGGGUAUUCACCCCGUCUACAGCGCACACCUACAGUUAUUAUGGGAGAGGCAGGGGGAGUUAAAACAAUGUUUUGGACAGGACCAAGUGAAUCCAUUACACCAGUAUCUCAGGCACCACGAGAAGUGAUUUCAUGCCCCAGUACUCCUUGUGUUUAUGGUGCGGAUACAAGUGAUGCAGUGCGUGCCUCAGUAGAUGCCCUCAUGUCAUUAGGACAAGACAGAAGAGGAUCACCCCCACAACUCUCCCCGUCUAGUACUUUAUCCCUGUCACCAUCAGCCCGCUCUCCUAUAACUCCCAGUUCAAGGUCUCCUCAUACCAAUCCCCCAAUUUCUCGUUCCCCAUAUACAGUAGCCCCAUCUUCUCCUGGUUACCAAGUAGUACGUGGCCUAGGGUCUCCACAAAGUUCCCCCGGAGACCUUCAUCUACUACAGAAUAGUUCUUAUGUACACUCACCCACCAGUGUUGAAACUCAAAGACAUCCUUCAGCUCCACUCAAUAUGGAAAGACUUUGGGCUGGAGACAGAAGUCAGUUGCCUCAAACUCAGCCAGAUUCUCAAGCAGCUCUCAAUCUAACUACUGUCGGGAUGUGGGGAGCUCGUGCCAAUGGCAUGGAUACUGGAGUUGGUGUUCCAGCACAGCCUACUCAAACAGAAGAAGAUGAAGAUGACCAACCAAUGAUAUGUAUGAUCUGUGAGGACCGGGCAACUGGUCUUCAUUAUGGCAUCAUCACUUGUGAAGGGUGCAAAGGUUUUUUCAAGAGAACAGUGCAAAAUAAGCGGGUGUACACUUGUGUAGCUGAUGGUGAUUGUGAAAUCACAAAAGCACAGCGUAACCGAUGUCAGUAUUGUCGAUUCCAGAAAUGUUUACGUCAAGGCAUGGUUCUUGCUGCUGUGAGAGAAGACCGAAUGCCUGGCGGUCGUAACUCUGGAGCAGUAUAUAAUUUAUACAAGGUAAAGUACAAAAAGAAGAAUAAGAAGAAUGGUCAAAUGAAACCAGGAGCCCCUGCCUCUGAGAAGAAAUUAAGCCUAGAUCCAUUGAUGACGUCAGGUACAACUUCUUUAGCGAACUCUCCCAUCCCAAUGCCAAUUUCCAGUGCCCUCACACCUCCUGUCACCUCGCCCAUUACCAGUGGCCUCAAUAGUGGGCACAUUCUUAAGGCUGCCCUCACCAACCCAUCAGAGGUAGCACAUUUCCGGCAACGACUGGAUAAUAAUGUAACUUCAACUAGAGAGAGAUUGUUGCCGUACCCUGUUGCAGAGGCCAUGAUCCGGUUACUUAUAGAAUGUGAUGACUUCGAAGACAUUGCUACUUUGAAGAAUCUGGACGAUUUACUCGAUCACAAAAGUGACUUAUCAACCAAGUUACGACAAUUGGGAGAUUCUAUAUCCAUAAAACUUGUUCAGUGGACCAAACGCCUUCCUUUCUACCAUGAACUCCCAGUUGAGGUCCAUACGCGACUUCUUACACACAAGUGGCAUGAGCUUCUGGUCCUCACCACUUCAGCCUAUCAGGCAAUUUAUGGUCUUCAGAAACUUGGGUCCAGAUCUUCAGAUGGUACUGAAGCAGAGUUCCAUCAGGAGGUGUCCAACAAUCUUUGUACCUUGCAAACCUGUCUUAAUUCUAUGAUGGGUAGACCUAUUACAAUGGACCAGUUGCGGCAGGAGGUUGGCGUGAUGGUUGAAAAAAUUACUCAUGUCACAUUGGCAUUGCGCAAAGCCAAAAUACAGAUUGAGGAAUAUGUAUGUCUGAAAGUCAUAACCAUGUUGAAUCAGGUUGCAAGGAGUGGCCAUAGUGAGCUGGAAGUAAUUCAAGAGAGGUAUAUGAAUUGCCUUCGAACAUACUGUGAAACCCACUACCCUUUCCAACCCAACAGAUACCAGGACUUACUAGUCAGACUUCCAGAUAUCCAAGCAGCAGCAGCAAAACUUCUAGAAACCAAGAUGUUGUACGUCCCUUUCCUGUUGAACUCCACCAUCAACAGAUAGCAAUAAAUAGAUGGUUGGUUCUUCAAGCAAGUCAGCUGCAAGGCGUCUUGCAGUGAACCAUGUGCCGUCCUAUGUCUCUGCUGUGGCUAGCAGCUUUGGCCCUGCUGCAGCCACAUGCUUCAUCUCCACGCCUAGCAGCCACCUACAUCAUGACUGACUCUUCCAAGGAUCAGCCUAUGAACGUUACCAAUAUCUGCAUAAAGCGUGUUGUUAAUACAGUGACAAUCUAGCCAGAGCAUUUAUUUUGCUAAAGAAAGAAAACAACACUUGUUUUUUCCUGUGGUUGUGCUACCAAUUUACCUGUGAUGGGCUAUGUACCAGUUUCUGAUCAACUUAUAAUUUCCUGUAAACAUUUUAUAGAGAAUUUCUUUAAACAGUUUACCAAAGGCUUUCUUUUAAUAAAGUUAUGGGUAAUGUAAUGGGACUCGAAAAAUCCCAGUUACUCUCACCCUCUAAACUACAGAGAUACUUAAUGGCUGUGUGACUGGAAUGGUGUGCAGUUAUCGGUGGUACAACUUCCCUUCUACUGCUUAUAUUAUUUUAUCACCACCGUCUAUAUAAAUUUCUUACUAGUCGCUGAACAUUGAGUCUACUUAAAUGGAGAAGUCUACUUUUAUGGUGUUCUCAGUAGUAUGAUCAAGCACAAGACAGUGUUAAGGAGUUAAUCCUUGCAGUCCAACACGGGUUGAAGAUAGGUGGCAGUAGGAUGGUAAAGUACAGUUGUGUGUGGGCUUCAGUGUGUGAUCUUCACCUCCCUUCCUAUAUUCUAGGAGGGAGUGCUUACAUGGGUACCUGUAAGGAUGGGCUAUAAAAUCCGUUCACUACUAAAGCAGUAUUGGAUGAACGGCUCCACUUUUUAGUAUUACCAACAGUAACAAGGAAACAGUUCCUAAAAUGAUCCUACUAACAGUUUCCACUGCACUGAUCUCAAGGUGCAAAGAGUUAUUAUUCUUAAUGUCUUGUGACGAACACAUCACUUUUAGAUGUUAAGGUUUAUACAGAUUUGUAUCUCAAGAGGCACAUGUCUCCUUAUUGUCCUGUGCUGCCAUAUGACAAAUGUAACAUUUAUACCUUUUAAUAAGGAUGGAUAAUUCAUUAGAAGUAAUAUAUGGGAAUAAAUCUUUUAUUAAAAGUAUGUUUUGUAAAUACACUUUUGCAAAUGAAUUUUUUUGUUUGUACAGUUUUCGGUACUAGAGCUGGUGUAUGUUGUGAAGGUGUGAGUGUGCAGGUCUGUGUCCACGAGUGGGGCAUAGACGGAGGCAGCUUACAAAGUGCUCAUUUUUAAUAUUUUAAAUAUUGGUUUUAUUUUUUUGCUUAUCCUUGUACAGUUCCAUCUAUUUCAUGUUGGUAUUUCAUAUUCUGGAAUUUGUCUCCUGGUGCAAUUUAAGGUAUACUAAGUAAAUAUAGAGGACAAAAAAUACCUCACAAUUAAAUUUCAGAAUGUUUUAGUUGCUACAAUGAAUGUGUAACCAUGUGUGUGAUAACAUUAUUGAUAUUUUUGCAAUUUGGAAAUUCAUUUUUCUGCUAAAUAUCUUCGUAACCUAACACCAGUGCCAUACUUAGAGACAUAUAAGUUACUGUUUAAGUUACUGCAAUGUUAUUUGUCAGUUUGGACUGAAAACAAAACAUCUUCAUUGCUUGACUGAGAACCCUGGGAAAAAAAUCAAACAGAAUACUGGUAUAUUUAGAGGUAAUAAGAGAGACUGGCACUAGUCCUUGAUCUCAUGUGUUAAAAUGAGUUUACAUUCAUCGAGUAAUUUUUUUAUUUUUCUAAAAACUAUCUACUGUAAUUUUGAUCUUAGCAAGAAAGUUCAGGUGCAGUAGCAAUGAAGAGAUAAGUCAGUCCAGAAUGUGUCAGGCAGCCAUGAGCAUAUUGUAAGCUGAAUCCUUAGUGUAGUCAAGCAAUCAAAUUUGUUGCUUCUAUAUUUAAUGAAAUAAAUAAGUGAACUUUACAAA